ACACUCCUCCUCCUCCUCCCUCUAUCCCUCUGUCCCACACUCCUGCUCACCCCAGAUUCCAUGAGUAUGAUGUCACUCUGCUGCCCUGCUGCCUUACUGUAAGAUUUUACAGGCGAGGAAGUGACUGCCCACCACAGACGCUCAACAUGGCCCAGGUGCUGCAGAUGGAUUCCAACUUCCCAGGGAAGUCUAACCCCGCCCCCGGCCCCUCCUUCCUGGGCAAAGAGAACGUGCCGUAUUCAGUGGAGACCCCGUACGGCUACCGGCUGGACCUGGACUUCCUGAAGUACGUGAACGACAUCGAGAAGGGCAACACCGUCCGGCGGGCGCCGGCGCCACGGCGACCGCGCUUCGGCUCGCUGCCGCGCGGCGGAUACGGCUACACGGGGUCCUGGUGGACCUCCACCGAGUCGCUCUGCUCCAACGCCAGCGCCGACAGCCGCCAGUCGUCCUACUCCUGCUGCGUGCCCGGUUACCACGGCGCCCGGCCCUCGGCGGCGGGCGCGGCGUUCGGCGUGAGCGCGGCGCGGGUGGAGAAGACGCUGCUGGACGCGCGGCGGAGGCUGGAGGAGGAGAGGGAGCGGGAGAGGGAGGGGCGCAAGCUCUCCAACCUGGGCAGCAUGCGAAACAGCGUGGCGGGAUCCAACACCUCCCUGUCCAGCGCGCACGGGCUGGCGCUCAGCCGCGCCCAGGGGGCGGGGCCGGGCGGCGGCUCCUCGGGCCUGUCCACGCCCGUCUCGCCCAGCCCCGCCCACCUGCAUCACGUGCGCGAGCAGAUGGCGCUGGCCUUGCGGAAGAUCCGCGAGCUGGAGGAGCAGGUGAAGACCAUCCCCGUGCUGCAGGUGAAGAUCUCCGUGCUGCAGGAGGAGAAGAGGCAGCUCAGCGUCCAGCUCAAGAGCCACAAGUUCCUGGGCCCCAGCAUGGGGCCGGGCAGGCCCCGCCCUCAGCGGGGGGAGCUCUACAUCCACAUCCCAGAGGACGAGGCUCCGCCCCCGACCAGCCCCGGUCUGACACCCGCUAGCCCCGCCCAAACCCCUGCUAGCCCUGCCCCAACCCCUGCUAGCCCCACCCAGACACCCACUAGCCCCGCCCCAACCCCUGCUAGCCCCAGCUUGGAGAAAGCAACGAAGGAGGUGCGGUCCGUGGGGGUGGGCCCAGAGGCAGAGGGGCGGAGCCGGGAGGUGGGCGUGGGGGUGGAGGAGCGGGACCUGGGGCUGCUUCCGGAGGCGGAGGCCCUGAGGAGCCGGGUGGGGCAGCUGGAGACCACCCUGCUGGAGCUGCAGGCGGCUAGGGAGAGAGAGAAAGAGGCCACGCCCCUGAGGGCGGAGCCUGCUGUCAGAGCCACCACCGUGGGCUGGCGCGAGCUGCUGGGCGGGGCUCCGGGACUGCAGUCGGUGCUCAGCUUUACCCAGAAGCCUCAGCGGCCAGAGCAGAGGAGUGUGGGAGUCCAGGUGUACACGCUAGAGCAGCCCGCGCUGAUGCGAGCUGAGAAGUGCAGGUCCCCGUCGGCCCCGCCCACUGGGGCCCGCCUGGCUACACCCCCUCACACGCCGCCCAUAGAGAAUGGCCAGGUGGAGGCUGUCAGGUCAACAGAAUCUGCCUCUGCACUUCCUCUCACUGUCUGCUCCAGGCAGGUGCAAGGGGUCCUUCACAGGAGUGAGGUGUCCAGAUCUUUGCCUGUUUCCGGCCCUGUAGUGGAGAAGCUGAACACUGUGGAGCUGAAGUCCAGCAGAGGGGCGUCACAGAGGGAGGGGUCACCGCAGACAGGUGGCCAAUCACCCACAAGCAGAUCACAGCCAGCUGUGCCACAGCGCCCCCUGUGGCCUGUGUUGGAACACGAGGCAGAGAGCCAAUCUGUUCCUCUCACCGCCAAGCAGAACCGGCAGCUCAGCAGCGCCCCCACAGGGUAUGAGUCCUCUUCCUCGGAGGACAGCAGCAGUGAGAGCUCUGAUGAGGAAAGCGAUGCCAGUGAAUAUCACGAGGCCAGAGAGAGACUCCCUGAGACCCCCACGCACCGUCCCUCCGCUGACCAAUCAGCUGCCAAGCAGGGGGCCACCCAAUCACUGUCCACCAGCUCCGCCCCCAAACCGAAUGCCAACCAAUUACCACUCACCGCCUCCGCCCCCAAACGGGACGUUGCUGGAUCGCCGUCCGUUGUCUCCGCCCCCAAACAGGUUGUCAUCCAAUCACCCCUCAAGACCCAGGAGCAGGUGUCUGGGAAAGGCAGCUCCGGACCAUGCGCCUCUCAGGAAGCCAGGCUGCAGCUGAGUGACAGCAUGAUGGCGGCCCUGCACUCGCUGCAGAAGGCCGUGGGCGAACCUGCUCUCUUCAGCCAGCAGGAGGCGAAGUCUGCGUACAGCCUGGUGCUGCAGGAGUGGCUGCGCGUGUCCUGUCACCGGUCGGCGGACACGGGCGUGGUCAGGGCCUACAUGGACGCCUUCGCCUCCGUCUCCCCGCGGCUGCUGGAGUUUGUGGUCAACAUGGCCGACGGCAACGGCAACACGGCCCUGCACUACACCGUGUCCCACUCCAACUUCCCUGUGGUCAAACAGCUGCUCGACACCGGUCUGUGUAAUGCAGAUAAACAGAACAAGGCGGGAUACACAGCCAUCAUGCUGACUGCGCUGGCUGCGUUCCACUCGGACAGCGAUCUGCGCACCAUCCUGCAGCUGCUGCACUCUGGAGACGUCAAUGCCAAGGCCAGCCAGGCGGGACAGACGGCGCUGAUGCUGGCGGUCAGUCACGGGCGGGGGGACAUGGUGCGGGCGCUGCUGUCCUGCGGGGCGCAGGUGAACGUCCGGGACGAGGACGGCUCCACCGCGCUUAUGUGCGCCUGCGAGCACGGGCACGUGGACAUCGUGCGCCAGCUCCUGUCCGUGCCCGGCUGCGACGCCACCAUCACCGAUAACGACGGCAGCACAGCCCUCUCCAUCGCCCUGGAAGCCUGUCAGAAUGACAUCGCUGUGCUCCUGUACGCCCACCUGAACUUCGCCAAGCCCCCCUCCCCAGUGUCACCAAAAGCCCACCAAAUGGGAACUUCACCUCCCCCUGCUGGUGACAGAAAGGGGUGUCCAUGAAUCUCUGGUCCUAAUCUCAAGAACCCUGUAUUCUGCUAAACUGACGCAUACGCAAAAAGGAACACUCAAUAAAAAUAUAAGUAAUAUUUCAGAAAAUAUUUUCACCACAACAUGUUAUGUGUCAUGUGAGACACUCACUUGUAUCUUGUUAAAAAAUUUAAAUGCUUACUUUUUUUACGGCUGGGCCUCUGAAGUUCAUGUGAAUUGUAGGUUUCCUGCUCAGCGAGACAGUGAGGAAUGUUACAGUGAGGAACGUUGGAAAAUGGGAAGGAAGGGUUUUAGAGUGUAGAGAUAAUUAAACUGUAAGUGUGUUUUGCCAGUCUUCAGGGUGCAGUAGCUUGUUAGCCCUUACCAGGAAGCAGAAAAGUGAGGUACAGGUUGCCGUGAUAUGUACGUCAAAAUAAGAGCUGUGUGUACAUCAAAAUAAGAGCGGUAUCUAUUAAACGUGAGCAGUACAUUUUCAGUUAUUGAAAAAUGCAUAUUGUGGAAUGUUUAAAUCUAAGCAAUAUGAUAUAUUUUUGAACAACUGCAAAUUUGUAUAAAGAAAGCAAAUUUUGAAAGUUCUUUUUACAUUCCUUUCUUAUCCACAAACUUUUGAAUACAUAUCUGUUUUAUAUUCUUUUAUAUUAUGUUAUUUAUCUAUAACUUUAUAUACUCUUCUGUGUAGUCUCAAUCUCCAAUAUGUAUCUGAAGGUACAGCCAAUUUUAAUUAAGCAUUAUGUGAAAUUGUCACUUAAUAAUGAUUUUUUCUAAUUGUUCCAGUUCAUCCUGGUUCUUUUUCUCCAAGAUAAAUAAAUGUUUUGUACUUUU